CCUACAUUCUUCCUUUGGAAAGGACAUAAGAAAUUAAAAAAUAUUGCGGAGAAUUUUUCAAUGGUAACCCUAAUGUGUUCCUUGUAACUCGUUAUGCAGCUGUCAAAGUUCACAGACAAAAAUAAAAAUGUCAACGUCAAUCUGUCAUUAUUUAAAAAUGGCGGCGGCGAGUGUACGGUCCGCCCUGCGCCCGCGCAAAGCCUUAGCAGACAUAGAGAUAGAGGACGUCCUAAAUGACUCGGAAUUUGAUUACUCGGGAAAUGAUUCAGACGACGACCCUAUGUUUCUUCCAUCAGAAAUUGCAAAACAUGCCAGUAUCGAGUCUGAGUCAAGCAGCAGUUCGGAUGAAGAAGAAAAUGUACCCGAUCCUCCUGUUACACCACCUUUAUCAUAUUCUGAUGUAUCAGAGUUAGCAACUACAAGUUCUUCUUCAAGGGGACUAGCCAGAUCUUCAUCAAGAGCACGCAGCCGCGGGAGAGGUAGAAACAGAGGAAGAGGCCGAGGACGAGGUAGGGACAGCAAUGCACAAGCGCAAUCACCGCCUUCCCUUCAGACAAGAUAAUUGGUCGAAAGAAUAUUUUCAGCCUGAAAUAAGACCACUGACACAACCGGCAUAUAAGCAGAUAGAUUAUUCAGAUUAUGAAUG